AUGUUAAUCGACAAAGCGAAAGUCACUUCCGAUUAUGGCUCUUUCGGUGGUCAAAGAAAAAACAUCUUUGCCAUUUAUGCCGUCUGCUUUUUGUACGUUCUAGUGGUCGUUUUGUUUGUUUUUAAUUUUCUUACCAUAACUAAGGUAAAAGUGUUGGAAAACGAAGUGGAAACUCUCAAACAAACCCUUUAUAACGUGAAACUGUUUGAUGAUAAUCUUAUCAAGGAGAUGAUUGGGUUUGAGGAUGAAGAAGAUAUCGAAGUCUACGACAGUGAAGAAGAGCCUCAAAUAGUAGUGUCCGAUGAUUUAUUAGAAUACGAAUACGACGAAGACCCAAACCCCGACAACGACACCAACAUAGCAAAUGAUAGCUACUUUUUAAAAUUGAUGCAAAGACUUAAUCUGACAACUACCAGCGAUGACAAGUACCAAUCAGCUGCCAAUUUGACAAAAGAUGCAACUUCACCGACGAGAUCUAAAAGAAGUGUUAUAGCAGCUACUGACGAUGGUGUGAUUAUAAACAGUGAGUCUUACGCUGAAAGAAGAGCGAAGAAUCUUAGUUCAAGGUAUACACUUAAAGGAGGAUCAGUUACACAGUAUCCUGCUAGACCAUCGUCCAUAGGGUCUCCUUGGCCUGUGUAUCCGUAUCCCUAUCCUUCAACGCCUUCCUAUAAUAGGGCCAGCACUAAUACAAGACGGACAACGAAAACUCCCAAUGUAUUCUCAAGACGGUCAAGGGUAAAACACCAUGAGGAUGGCAGCCGCCCUUUCAGGAGGGUGGUGAAGGUAUCGAACUUGAAGCAAAUGGGAUCUUAUAUGGACUCAUAUGAAGAUUCGUCCACAUCUAGCCCAGACUUUACAAUUGUUAGAGACACAGGCUUCACUAAAAGAAGACGACAACUCAAACCUUUAGCGUCCGCCCAUUUUAACGGCGAUACUUCAAGCUAUGUGUAUGGUCAACAUCCUAAUUAUCUAGGAAAUGGGCAUCUAAGACAUCCUCACAGUCGAUUUAUAGACUGGAAAGCAGCUAGUUGGGUACGUUCUUUGGGAAUGGACUCUCACUUCACCUUAAAUAACGGAUAUCUCACUAUUAAAGACUCUGGACUGUAUUUGGUCUAUUCCCAAGUGUACUAUCUGGAUGAGCACGAUGUUACUGGCUACAGAGUGCUCAAGAACGACCAAAUGAUCUUCCAAUGCACUAACACCAUCCACUCCACAGAGAGAAAACUCAGAGGCAACACAUGUUUCACAGCGGGUGUGGAACACUUUUCAGCUAACGAUAAACUCUCCAUUGAGGAUAUAACCGAAGGAAUGCUUUCAAAAUUCGAAACUGGCAAAUCGUUCUUUGGAGUCAUCAAGUUGGGGGAUGCGAGAAUUUAA